AUGUCUUCGGCCUCUCCUCCAAAGGAACCAGAGGUGGAACCAGUUACUCAGUCAGGAGACGAGGCGGAGCCCAUGGAAAGAGAACACCACGAUAUACAGACGCAGGGCCAGGGCGAAUUCGAGGUCAAAGAGCAGGACCGAUGGCUGCCAAUUGCAAAUGGUUUGUUUAUCCCUUUCUCUCUCCUUGCCCUCUUGUUGUCAAUCCCGUCGUCUUCUUUUGUUGAAGUCACCCACCUGCCCUAUCUUACCACCUUUUCCUCCCUCAACUCCUUUCGCACACAAAAGAAACCCAGACUGGCGCGAAAAAAAGAUACACCAAAAGGACUGGACACCAACACUAGCCGGCGCCAAUAUACAAACUCCCUCUUGUCAAGUCCAAAGUCCCUUCUACAAGGCAAAGACAGUCUCAUGUCCAUGCUUUCCCCCCCACUUCUUCCCAAAGCAAGCUACAUGCGCAUACAGUCAAUCAGCCUCAAGCUGAUGCGCUGCAACCUUGAAUCUGGCUGCAGCUUGGUCCAAUCACCAAAGACAUCCAUAUCACCCAUGCUCCUCCUCCCUCACGUUUAUCAAUAA